CCCGGCCACACCUGUCAUAAUUGUUUCGCACCGAACUCUCCCACGGCGCCGGCGCAUCUGCAUCCCCACACGCCCGAGCUCAACAACAGCUGUAGCGCCUCAAUACAUGCGAGAGCACAUUGCUCCCCAGCAGACCUGCCCGCCCACCGGCUUUCGGCUAUUCCUAACACAAGGCGGCGACUAGGUGUUGAAAGCUCCCAUAUCAUGGGCUGGUUGUCCCGCUGCGCCUGACGUACGCAAUAGUGGAGCGGCUCCAUCUCUGCAGACGGCCUUUGAACGGCCUCCCGACCUUCACUUCCCGGCUUGGUUCCCGAGCAGCUUUCCGACCCUCGAAUCCUCCCACGACGCAUCUCCUGCAUCCCUACGCCCUGAUCGUGCCUCCGACAACCCUCUAAACAAUUAAAACCUCACCCGCGGAGAUAUACAGACAACAUGGCAAAGAAGAAAGAGAUCGGAUACAUGAACAAGUAUGUCUACGAUGCGUUCCUCUGGACGUUCUCGAUACUUGUGGAGCUCUUCUUCCGAGAGGUGCAUCCCAGGAGCAGCUGGAAGGUGCCAAAGGAGGGGCCGGUGAUUUUCGUGUGCGCGCCGCAUGCGAAUCAGUUCGUCGACCCUUUGAUCUUGAUGCGCGUAGUCAAGCGAGAAUCAGACCGGCGUAUCCAUGUUCUGACGGCCGAGAAGUCGAUGAAGCGGAAAUUCAUAGGCACAAUGGCUGCGGCGUCGGGUGCUGUGCCUGUGGGCAGAGCAAUGGAUUCGACCAAGCCCGUGCCGGGCAGAAUAUACCUCCCAGACCCCGUCAACGACCCAUGUCUCGUCCGCGGGGUUGGGACAAACUUCGAGGCCAAAGACUUUCAGGUUGGCGGCUCUCUGGUCCUGCCAAAGGUCAACGAGACGGCAGCUAGCGCUGAGAUUCAAGAGAUCAAGGGCCCUGAGGAAAUCAGGUUGAAGCGUCCCUUCAAAGGCGGCGUCGCGAUGCAGCAGCUUACUGGUCGAAACGACAUGACCGAAGACGGAACAUUUAUCAAUGGAGCUUCGUCUAAGAAGGGUCCUGCUCCGGAUUACGAAGGCACUAAUUUCAAGGUCGCCCCCAAGCUUGACCAAACUCAGGUAUACGACGCGGUGCACACGGUGCUCCACCGAGGAGGGACCAUCGCCAUCUUCCCGGAAGGUGGCAGCCACGACCGCACUGACCUGCUCCCUCUAAAAGCUGGUGUUGCAAUUAUGGCUCUUGGCACGGUAGCAACCAAACCCGAUUGUAAUUUGAAGAUCAUUCCGGUCGGCAUGAACUACUUUCACGCCCACAAAUUCCGCUCAAGGGCUGUUAUCGAGUUCGGCACCCCGAUCGACGUGCCAGUGGAGCUGGCCCAGAAAUUUCAAAGUCAAGGAUCAGAAAGGCGCCAGGCCAUUGGAGACAUGUUGGAGCAAGUCCGCGAGGGCCUCGUCUCGGUCACAGUGACCACCCCCGACUACGAUACGCUGAUGCUGAUCCAAGCUGUGCGUCGUCUCUACAACCCCAAAGGCACGAAGCUUCCCUUGCCUCGUGUGGUCGAACUCAAUCGCCGUCUUGUACAGGGAUAUGCAAAAUACCAGAACGACCCGCGCAUUAUCGAAUUGAAGAAAGAGGUCAUGUCCUACAACCAACAGCUGCUGGCGCUCCGCGUCCGAGAUCACCAAGUGCAGUACGCUAAGAAGGGCAUUCUCGAGAUUUUCGUCAUAUUCUGGUACCGGUUGCUCAAGCUGGCCAUACUCUCAAUCUUCGUCCUUCCCGGAACGUGCCUCUUUGGCCUGGUGUUCAUCGCCUGCAAGGUUUACUCUAUCAAGAAAGCGAGGGAAGCGCUUGCAGCGUCCAAUGUCAAGGUCCAAGCCAGAGACGUCAUGGCUACGUGGAAGCUUCUCGUUGCGCUGGCCGUCGCUCCGACCGUAUACACGGGCUACGUAUUCCUUGUCACCCUUUGGUAUUAUCUGAACUACUGCAAUGGCUAUCUUCCACCAGGGAUUCAGAAACGAUGGCUCAUCCUAACUCAAGCUAUCGUCUACCCCUCGGCGACCUACGCCGCCCUCCGCUUCGGCGAGGUCGCCAUGGAUAUUCUAAAAUCGCUCUUUCCCCUCGUCAAAAUGAUGAGCCCGUGGUCCGGCAACCAGCUCGUCAAGCUCCAGGCCCGGCGCGAAAACCUUGCCCACCGCAUCACCGACAUCAUCAACACUCUCGGCCCCGAAAUGUUUGAUGACUUUUACUCGAAGCGUAUCAUCCAGGAUCCCUUCACGCACUCCCCGCCCCGCACGCCGACUACAAAAACCGCCGAAGACGCCCGCAAAGAAGGUCCGCAGCCCAUCGAAACGUACGACUUCCCCGCCUCUCCCACAUCCCCCGAGCGCGAAGCAUAUCGUCACCUGCCCAAGAACGAAUCUUUCCAGGACCUUACGAACCAGGACAUUUUCUCCACGCGACCGCCUACGCCUAAGCGUAACCAUAGCAGGAGUCCGAGCGGGAUGCUGGGAGGCUUCCAGCUUAAGCCGUUUAGCACGAUUGAUGGGAACCUGGAGGAGGUUAGUAAGAGGAUUAAGAGCGGGAUGAGGAGUCGCAUGCGGAGAAGGAGUAGUACGGAUGGUUGGGAGGAGGGUAGUGGGGCAAGUACUCCAGGGACGCCGAGGAGCGAGGUUUCUGAAGGGCUGACCAUGACUAAGAAAGAGAAGUAGAUGCGGUCUUUUCCUUGGGUCGCGACCUGGGUCAACCGAGGGCGGCAGGCAAACGAUUUCUUGAGCGUGGCGUUUAGGGAAUGAUGUAUGUAUGUGAAAGUGGGAAUUUCCUUGCCGCUAAGGUUAGUGAUACCAUCAGCUUCUGGGCUAUUUUCUUGUAGGUGCAUGAGUGUACGGUUCCGUUCCGGUUACAAUGAAUAAAUGUUAAAAGCGCGUUAAAGCUGCGUACG